AUGCCCGCAAGACUUGCCAAAGCGAUUGACCUCCGCAGACGGCUGGCGCAGUCACAGAUCCUCCAUGGCCAGGCCACUGGCGAGGCCCGAGCCGAGGGUCUGCGAAGGGCUCGCUCGGAAGCCGCCGAGCGCCGGGAGCUGUACAUGGACUACGAGAUCACCCGGCAAAUGCAGGAGAAGGCAAAACUCUUCCAGAUCAGCCAGUUCGAAGACCGAAUUGCAGAUGAGCUGGCAAAGCGAAAAGCAGUGGAGCAGCGGGAGGCCAUGGACCGACGGCGGAUCUGCGACGGCUCCGAGGAGCUGCGACAGCUGAAGGAGCGCCUCCACAUGGCCAAGGUCAACAAGGAGCGCGCGCACCAGCUUCUCGAAAUACAGGUACGCAAGGAGCGGGACCGACUCGUUGAGCACAAGUUUGCAGAGAACAUGGCAAACCACGUGCUGGAGCAAGCAGAGCUAGAGCACAAGCUGGUCAUUGAGAAGGACAAGCAGCGGCAGCGAGUGAAGAGCAUCAAUCAGCAGCAGAUCGCGAUGAAAGAAGCGCAGAGAGACGAAGCAAUGCAGGAGUACCAGCGAGAGCGCGCAGAGGUGGACAACUUGGUCGCGCAGAUCAUCGACGAGAACGAAAGGGAGCGGAAGGCCUAG